CACUAACAGCCAGAUUACUUACCGUUACGGUAACAGGUUUGGCGUUGGUAGGCACACACAGGUAUAUCUGGCGCUACCCUGUUCUGGAUACUCUCUCUAUACAUUUACAAAUAGAAACAGUAUCGACUAGUCACUCUCCAAGUGUAGCAUGUUUCGCAAUCAAUACGAUACGGAUGUGACGGUGUGGAGUCCGGAAGGACGACUCUUGCAGGUCGAGUACGCCAUGGAAUCGGUCAAGCAAGGAUCCGCCUGCGUAGGACUACGCUCGGACUCCAUUUGCGUUUUGGGUGCGCUCAAACGUUCCGUAUCCGAGCUCAGUAGUCACCAGAAGAAGCUCUUGCACAUUGACGACCACAUUGCCGUUGGCAUUGCCGGACUCACCGCGGACGCGCGUUCACUCGCCAAGUCUCUCCAGAGCGAGUGUCUCAACCACAAGUACGUCUACGGGACGCCCAUCCCGCCGCAUCAGCUCAUGGCCGACCUCGCCGACAAGCACCAGCGGACCACGCAAACCUACGUCCGUAGACCCUUUGGAGUUGGACUCCUCGUCGCCAGUGUCGAUACCACCCGCCAAACACCGCACUUGUACCAAACCUGUCCCAGCGGGAACUUGUACGAAUUCGUCGCAUCCGCCAUUGGCGCACGAUCCCAAUCCGCACGCACCUAUCUCGAAAAACACGUGGACGACUUGGCCAACGCCACCCGCGAUCAACUCAUCGUACACGCACUGCAAGCCCUCACCGGAUGUGUCUCGGGAGACGAUGAACUCACACCCGACAACGGGUCCAUCGUUGUUGUUGGAAAGGACAUCCCCUACACCAUGAUUGAAGGAGCCGACUUGCAACCCUUUUUGGACCAGUUGGAAACACGAGAAACGCCGGACGACGAUGAUGACGGCGACGCACCCGACGAAGCGGAGAGUCCACUAGUGCCGGAGCCCCAAGCCAUGGAAACCUAACUGGUGUCGAAUCAUACCCAGCUUUCUACAGGGCCUCCGAACGAUUCCGGUCGGUAAUUGGGGCGCGUUGCCGUUCCAGAUAGGAUUUCCAAUUCACACUUGCCUACUAAUGUAGGGUCAUACCUAGCCUUGCAGUCUACACU